AUGCAGUCAUCUACUACUCAACUCACACCGGAACAACAGCAAUGGAUGUUUCUAUCGCGAAAUGCUCAAAAUAACAUGAACAAUUUUUCACCUACGAUUCUGGAAGCUAACGCAAGUGCAGCGUCAAAAGUCAAAGCGUUUGGUCUUACAUGCGAGGAAGUUGAACGAGAGCAGAUGGCGUUUUAUUCAUCUUUUGGAGCUGCACAGCGUACACCGACUUUGCCCAUUUCCAUGCCACUAGAACGGUCGGAUUUAUCAUCUUUAAGUCCAUCUACUUCAUUAUUCAGUGGUUCUUGGAUUUCAUCGUCUUUAGACGAACUUUCUAAUGAGGCCGUCUCUCUUUCAAGUUAUUCUACUGUGAAUGAGAUGGAUGAGGUUACUCCAGGUUUCGUUUCAUUCGAAAGGGUUGGUUGCUUUCCCGUAGAUUAUGGAGGUGUUUCGAAGUUUUUUUCUUUCGGCCAAAUUCCCAUGCCUAGGCUAUACUAUAGCUUUUAA